AAAAAGAUUACUCCACAAUAUAAUAGAGUUACCUUUUAGGUUUUUAUCUGAGGAGUUUUCACGAGGAAUUUUGUUUAUUUAUAAGUAUUAUUUUGUGUUUAACUGAAGCGUAGAAUCUGAUGAUGACGACAUUGAGAAUUGGUARAGUGCUGGCCUUUUCUGCGAUUGGUCGAUUCCUAACAGUGAUGUGAGAGAGGAAAAUUUUUACCCAAACUCGAUCUCUGUUCUAGAUAUUAUAGUUUUUUUGUUCCAAGAUAUAUUUCAAAAGCUUUAAUUUAUAACAGACCACAUUAAGGAAUUAGUUUUUAGAAUGGAAAGCGAGAAGAAAGACGAAUCGUUUAGCGAAAAAGAUAAAGAAACCGACGGAGAUGAGUUAAAUGGACAACAGACUACGAACAAAGACGAAGAAAAAGCAAAUGAAACGACCACAGAAAAGCCUAAAAAAGAGAAAAUGAGAAACAUUAUUGCCUUUUAUUCAUUCGGUGCAUUGAUUUACACAGUCUACUCGAUUAUUAUCGCCGGAGCGCAAGAUAUCUUGGCAGGAACAUUCAUACCAACCGCUGCGGUUUUAGUYACCAAUGUAGGACCGUAUUUUUUAGUGACAAUGAUGGCUCCYUAUUUUAUCCAUCACGUUCCAUAUUCGAUUAGAAUAGUAUUUAUUUAUUUGACAUUCACCGCUGGUCUUUUCACUAUAGUAUACGCUAAGGAAGUGUAUAUGAAAUUAGUGGGGAUUUGUCUGACCUCUUUGGGAGCCGGUACUGGUGAAGUUUCCUUCUUUACUCUUACAGCGUUUUACGAGCAAGUUACAGUGUCUGCUUACUCCGCAGGAACGGGAACUGGCUUUAUAUUAGGACCUCUGUAUUAUACAGGUUUGACCACGUGGUUCUGCAUAACCCCAAACAGAGCUAUGUUGAUAAUGGCCGGCUCCCCRCUGCUUUACGUCAUCUGUUACGUCAUAAUGGACAAAAAACAUAUCAAYGAAUCUAUUGAAGGCGAUCCAGUUGGCGAUGAUGAAGAUUCAAAUAGUGACGCACAUCUCUCAUGGAAGGAGAAAUUUAACACUGCAUAUGACAUUCUUCAUCUUGUAGUCGCCAUCUUUGUAGCUUACGUCUGUGAAUACGUCACAAUUCAAGCUGUAAUCACUACAAUGGCAUUCCCCAACGCACCCUUCCCCCCACGGGUCCAUUAUCGCUAUUACAUAUUCAUAUUUCUCGCUGGCGAGUUCGUAGCGCGUUCGUAUUUAGCACUAGUGUCYUCGUUAAUGCCGAGUUUAGUUCCGAAGCUGAUCGUUCGCCGACUUUGGAUCUUAUCGUUAAUUUUAGUCGUACAUUUUAUGUUCUUCCUCGCGGCUGCGUGGUACCGUUUCAUUCAUGACGUAUGGAUUGUUUUUACUUUUAUAUUUACCGCUGGACUUGCUGCGGGRGCAGCGUUCGCCAAUGCGUUUGUUAUAGUAUCAGAUAGUACAGCACCGAGYUAUAAAGAAUUUGCAAUGGGCUUUGCUACCAUAGGCAUGGGCGCUGGAACAUUCCUUGCGGGCGCAAUAGGACUUCUUUUAGAACCUUACUUACGGGUGCAUUGUCUUGGUAUAUCAGACGUCCCGGAUUAUUGUUUUACAAGGCCUUUCGUAGGAUGGAAUGCUACAGCUGGUAARAGCUGUUGAUCGACUUAGGUUACCUCAGCAUAUUUUGUAGUGCAUCUUGCGGGUUCUUUUUGCUUUAUUUAUUCUUUUUUAUAAUAUCAAGUGUCCUUUCAACAAUUUUUUUUUCAUAUUUUUUCAUCUUCUGUUACAGAGCGACGCGCCUUACUCUUUUGUGGCCACCUAAGCUAAUUUGUUUAUUAGCUUGUUGACUGCUUAUCGCGUAGAAAACCCACUUUUUAAAAUACACCUUGGGAGCUUCAAAAUCAACCGCGAUAUUUUAAGCUGUAUGAGUACCACCUCUCAUUGGCUGAAUCAGAAGUUUUUUGAACAUAUGAAAUGACCCUAAUUGUCUGGAUAAAAUGUAAAAAAUUCUCGCUUUCUAAUUGUAUAGCAUGCACGAAACUUUCAUGGGUGGCGUCGCGCUGUCUACAGAAACAAUUUUAAAAAACUAUAUAGUUCGUAAAAAUUCCAAUUUCAGCAGUUAUAAUUAGGUUAGACGAAAAAAUACGCGAAAAGAUCUAUGUAUGCGCAAAAAAACCCGCAAGAUUCUAUGACGAUAAGUAUGUUGAGGAUAGAAAGUAAGAAUUGUACAUACAUUAAAUGUAAAUAAUAGUUGUUGUUAAAGCGAUAUAUGUCAGUAGAAUGUUUGAUAGAUAUUAAAAUGAUUCUUGAUAAUUUAUCCUUACCGUGAUGCACUUCGCCAAUCAUGACGUCACAGGAAAGAGGAUUAUGGUACUUAUGAGUCAAACAUCUCAGUUAGGUACCCCACGCAUAUAAUGGUGACAAGAAACUGUCGCCUUCUUAAGAGGUAGGAGUGCCUUUGCAUAGAGAAAGAAAUUGCUGGGGAUUUUUUGACAUCUAAUUAUGCAUCAUAUUAUAAACUGUUAAUUAGAUUAUGCUUAUUAUAAAUUGUGCAUAAGUAAUCGCCGUUCUCCUCUCGCAAUCUCGCUUUGAUACAAACAGUCGACUAUGUUUCAAGAUUGCGCGCUAGGAGUGGGCUCA